AUGCCAAAGAUAUCCUCUGUUGUCACCGCAGCCUUUUUGGCGUACGCCGCUUCGACUGCAGAAGGAUUCGCCCCUUUGCUUUCAAAUGCUAAUGCUAAUGCCAAUGAUCAUCAUCAUCAUCAUCACAGCACAGUGUCGUCUCGAACGAAUUCCGCACUUCACGUGAGCGUGGUAUCUUCCUUUCUCACCAAAGAAGAAGCGGACAGCAAAGUCGCCAAUGUCUUUGAGCGAGAGACUCCUUCGAGCGUGGGUGUGGAACAAGUGACCAAACAGCAACAACAACAACAACAACAACCAAGAGAUACUACCAAGAACAACCGCCGCCGUCGCAACAAGAACAACCGGAGACGAAAACACAACUUUAGCGCCAAUCCAGAAUUCCGUCACGCACAACCCGACACUGACUUUUACACGCUUCACUCGUCUGCCGUGUCACACUUGCACAAGGACAUGCCCAUGAAUGAUAUCACCCGCGCCAUCAAACGUGCUCAAAACUUGCACGAUGCUCACGAUUUGGCCACCAUUGCGGCCUUUUUGAUUGACGAAUGCGACGAUUGGGGGUACGGCUUUCGGGGUUCCCUCUUGAGCCGCACGGCCGUGGCGGCCCUGCACAUGUCCCAGGUCGACAUUGCCCGCCGAGCGAUUGACACCCGUCGGAACCACGAACGCGAGUCCAUGCAACCCUACGAAUCGGCCGCCAUGGUCCGCGGCCUCAUGCGGGCGGGACAAAUUGAUCUUGCCUGGGAGGUACUGGAAGAUGAACUUGGAUUGCCAAGCACUCUCACCAACGACAACAAUAGCAUGGAACUCUUGAAACAUCGGGCCCAUGUCUUGGCCAGCAUUGUUUCCAGACACUUUUACAAUGGUGAACCUCAACUUGCCACACGGGCACUGGAAUGUUUGAGUGCCAUGGGAGUAUUGUUGGAAGAAUUGAAAAUGACUCAUGUGGAACUACAACUUCCAUGGUCUCGUUUGGUCAAUGCGGCAACCGAUUGUCAAUUCAAUCCAGAAGAAUGCAGUGUGGAUCUACCAUCGGAUCUGUCUGAAUUGGUCUUUGAAGCCAUUACUGCCUUUCCAUGUCCCGGUGGAGAAGAAGAAUGUGGACUCGAUGAUUACUUGUUUGAUGACUAA